UAGAAGAAAAAUCAUGACCAAAACCAUGGGUUAUAUCAAUUUGAUUGCGACACAUGAAGUAUUGAACUGAAACUGAACAUAAAUGAGUAUUAUUAAAUGCAUAUUAUCAAGAGUUCAAUGGAUUUUCCAUGAAAGGAAAUAAUUCACUUAAAAUAGUAUUUACCAAUCAAGUACCUUAAGCCCCAAGAAAUAGACAUAAUGUCCUUCAAGUUGGGAAAAAAAAAAAAAUUCUCACCUACUCAAAUAAAUGCUUCUAUAACAUCAUUACUCUUUGUUAAUAACACAUUCAAAAUAUUUUUUUUAUAUAAAAAAAGUUAGAUACUUGGAGAGAUCACCAAACCGAUUGACGUUAUGUUAUGUUUUUAUGUUCUUCCCUCUUCUCCCUAUAAAGCGUUUCACUUCCAUUGCGGCUUUUCUCUUCGUGGGUAAGAGAGAAGACCAUUAAUUAACUCACACGCAACGCAAAUGUCUGGUCUGCUCGGAAAGUUAUCUCCGGUAAGACGUGUGGCCGGCGAUGAUCUCCCUUUGUUUAACGUUGACCAGGCAUCAUUGGAGCUUCAGGGAUAUCCUAGAAGAGACAAACAGAGGCUGUCAGCCACACUCGCCGACCUUCUGAUUCCUGUGGAGGGUUCCACCAGUGACCACCAUCAUCAUCAAGCCUUGGAUUCAUGGAGCUCGGUUCCCACUUCUUCUGCAUCUCCUUCCUUGUUCGUUCUUUCCUUCAACGACCUGAGUUACAGCGUGAAGAUCAGGAAGAAGUUUGAGCUCUUCCCUUGCCAAGGGAAAUCAGCUUCUGAUGGCAAUGGUUCGGCUGUGAACACUAAGGUCCUUCUGAAUGGUAUUUCGGGUGAAGCCCGAGAUGGGGAAAUCAUGGCCGUUCUUGGAGCAAGUGGGUCGGGGAAAUCUACACUGAUCGAUGCCUUAGCCAACAGGAUUGCCAAGGAGAGCCUCCGAGGCUCUAUCGCCUUAAACGGGGAAGUUCUCGAAUCGAGUUUGCUGAAAGUCAUAUCUGCUUAUGUGAUGCAAGAUGAUCUUCUCUUCCCUAUGCUUACAGUGGAAGAAACCCUAAUGUUCUCUGCAGAGUUCCGGCUUCCUCGUUCGUUGUCCAAGAAGAAGAAGAAGGCUCGAGUCCAAGCUCUGAUCGACCAGUUGGGUCUGAAGAGCGCUGCAAAAACCAUCAUCGGGGAUGAGGGCCAUAGGGGAGUCUCGGGGGGAGAACGGAGACGGGUUUCAAUCGGUAUCGACAUAAUCCAUGAUCCGAUUAUCCUCUUUCUCGAUGAACCAACAUCCGGGCUCGACUCUACCAGCGCUUUCAUGGUGGUCAAAGUGCUUCAGAGGAUCGCAGAGAGUGGCAGCAUAGUUAUCAUGUCGAUCCACCAGCCAAGCUACAGAAUCUUGGGUUUGCUCGAUCGGUUGAUCUUCCUUUCCCGAGGAAACACAGUUUACAGCGGAUCACCAGCUAAUCUCCCUCGGUUUUUCUCAGAAUUUGGUCAUCCAAUCCCUGAAAACGAGAACAAAACAGAGUUUGCACUUGAUCUUAUCCGCGAGCUAGAAGAUUCGCCCGAAGGCACCAAAACCCUAGUCGAAUUCCACAAGCAAUGGCGGAUGAAGCAGACCUCAAGCCUCAACAUCAACAACAACAAUGCCAGCAGACAGAACCAGAACAGAAACACCAACGUCUCUCUGAAAGAUGCUAUAAGCGCGAGCAUUUCAAGGGGAAAACUCGUUUCUGGAUCAACAAGCGAUUCCGCAAACCUAACAUCCUCAGUUUCGACAUUCGCAAAUCCGUAUUGGAUCGAAAUGAUCGUGAUUGGGAAACGAGCAUUACUGAAUUCGAGAAGACAGCCCGAGCUCUUCGGAAUUCGAUUAGGAGCAGUUCUAGUCACUGGAAUCAUCCUGGCCACGAUCUUCUGGAAACUAGACAGCUCCCCAAAAGGGGUCCAAGAACGUCUAGGGUUCUUCGCCUUCGCCAUGUCCACAACCUUCUACACCUGCGCAGAAGCAAUCCCGGUUUUCCUACAAGAACGCUACAUCUUCAUGAGAGAAACCGCGUAUAAUGCUUACCGGAGAUCCUCCUACGUCCUCGCUCAAUCCAUAAUCUCGAUCCCAUCACUCAUCGUCCUCUCCAUCAGCUUCGCCGCCACAACCUUCUGGGCAGUCGGACUCGCCGGUGGCGGAAAUGGGUUCCUCUACUUCUUCCUCACCAUCCUCGCCUCCUUCUGGGCCGGAAGCUCCUUCGUGACGUUCCUCUCCGGCGUCGUAUCUCACGUCAUGCUCGGAUUCACCGUCGUCGUCGCGAUCCUCGCAUACUUCCUCCUAUUCUCAGGAUUCUUCAUCUCCAGAGACAGAAUCCCUCUCUACUGGAUCUGGUUCCACUACAUCUCCCUCGUGAAAUACCCAUACGAAGGCGUUCUACAGAACGAAUUCGAAGACCCGACGAAGUGCUUCGCCCGUGGGAUUCAGAUGUUCGACAAUUCACCGCUGGGACAAGCUCCGGAGGCCGUGAAGAUGCGGCUGCUAAGCAGCAUGAGCGGCGUUCUGGGGAUCAACCUGACGGCGGAGACAUGCGUGACAACGGGGAUCGACAUUCUGAAGCAACAAGGGAUCGGAAAUCUCGGAAAAUGGGAUUGCUUGUGGAUCACCAUCGCUUGGGGCUUCUUCUUUAGGGUUUUGUUCUACUUCACGCUGUUGAUCGGAAGCAAGAACAAGCGGAGGUGAAGAAGAAGCGGAAGAAGAACAUUUACUAAUUUCAGGGAAACUUUUUAUAUUCUAAAAAAUUUAAAAAGUGAGAUAAAAGGAAAGGAAAUUGUCAUA